AUGACGGCGCUCAAAGAUGACCGCGUCUGCGCCCUUGGGGUACCAUCCAUCUCUUUCAACACGGGGCUUGUCCAUGCCGGUCAAACUGGUGCAAUUGGUGUAAAUGAUGCUGGCCCGUACAAGUUUCGCCGAAAUACAACGUGUGUCCCUCUGAAUACGGGUGACAAGUUUGUUCGGCGGGAGCAAAGCGAUGGCACCACGAGCUUCUAUUAUUACGGGAAAAUCGUCCAUGGAGACGCUAAUACUGAGUACACAUUUUCGAGUGCAGGCGAUCCUUUCGAUGUUCUGGCACCCGCAUACAACGUCAGUGCCUAUACAACGUCGUGGUAUCCCGAGCUUGAUUACUGGGACCCGAUUCCACCGCUGACUCCUCCGCCGGGAAGCACGAUAACAAUCGUGUUCGUUUCUGCAUUACACAUCCUGUACCUCGAUUCAAGCGCAGACCCUAUCUUCCCCGCGGAUGAGAAAUAUUACUUGGAUGGCGAGGCCAACCCUUGGUACUAUAAAUCGGAUCCAAAGUCCCGCGUCCUGGCCUGUAUCGAUAGCCAUGAGCUCUGCACGCCUGACGAAAAGUCCUGCUGGUCAAUGACAGACACUCGCAACAAUUUGCCCCCGGGCUAUUGGCUCAUGAAGCUGGCUCUGGGAUCAUCAAACAUAUACAAUGCUAUCGUGAGGCGCCUCGGCACCGCACUGAUCGCUCAGGAGAGAGUCUCCCAGUCUCUAUCACGCGCAUUAGGUGAUGGCCACUGGAAGUCGGAAGCUGCACGCCUAUUUGCGACUUCACUCGCGCGUAUUCAAUUUGACGCACUGGCUAUUGCCAGCGGCGAAGAUAGUGAUCAGGAAGGGUAUAUCGACAUGACCCCGGACGAGGCUGGGAAUCUCUGUGGACUGUUCAAGUUCAAGAGAAGUUCGCUCAUGGGUGAUGUGGGCAUGUUCUGUACUGGAGAAGCGAUAUUCUGCUCCUUUGUCGCAUAUGAAAUGGCGCAGUCACGUCCAGCGCAGACUUACAAGGAGCUCAGUGGCCAUGAGCGAUACGGCGAUGAGGCGGACGAAUCAUUGAUGGGCCGGCAUGGCAUACCGUGGGGGGAACGCGAUGCAAACGUAACUUCCAGGUCAGGCUUAUGCGCGGCCAUGAGGAGAUGGCGCUGGCUGUUGGACACAGCGCUCCUGCUGGUGAUCCUCGGCCUGCUCCUCGAGCGCCAAGGGGCCGCAUCGCAGCGAUGCCAGCCAUUCGAAGGCGCGGGCGACAUCACGGGCUUCGCCCCGACAAUGGCGCAGCAGAUCAAGACCUUCGUUCCCGACUUCUCGUACGCACCGCAGAAUGCGUCCGAGUUCUUCACAGAUGCCGUGAAGCAAAAGUGGCUCGAUCUUGUGCCCAAGGGUCUCGGCUACGUCAAGGUUGAGAAUCCCGAAAAGCACGACAACCUGCCGACGCCGCUCGAGGGCUGGAACGACACCACGGUUUUCACAACGUCGGUGACCCAUCAGUUGCAUUGCCUUCAUGCAAUGAUCGAGGUCUUUGCGGGGUACAGCACCGACCCGAGCAAGGUGCCGGAGGACAGGGUCUGGCAUAUGGGCCACUGCUUCGAGUACCUCCGACAAAGCAUAAUGUGCUGCGGUGACACUGCGCUCGAGGGCCAAGCGACGACCUUCCCGGACGGGGUCAUGGGCAGUGAUGGUUGGGAUGCAAAGCACAUAUGCAAGGACUACGGUCAGAUUUAUCGCUACCUGGAAGACAACCGGGCGAACAAUCAGACCUGGAUAUAG